UUAUACGAUUCGAAAUUGGACAAACCUUCUAGAAGUAGUUCAAAGAAAUGUGAUUUUAAAGAAUAUCAUAAUGGCAGACAGGAAGUUUGGCUGACUAUGGCAAAAUUGGCAUCGAUGUUCUCAACAUGACCCACAGAAUCAAUUAAGAUCAGUCUCAUUACAAUAGGCCACAAAUUUUAUAAAACUAUUAGCAUUUUUAAAAAUACCAUUAUGACAUGGUACCUUCAGAGCAUCUGCCGAUGGCACAUACUGAGUUUUGUAAUGGUACACCAAUGCAUUCAUAAAAUAUAGAAUUUUAUAUCAUAAUACUGUAUUGUAGUUAAUGGCAAUUUCAUGUUUUAUUCAUGUUCAAUUAUAGCGCCACAAAGAGGCACAAUCCCACAACUUUUUUUUAUGUGUCCUCAGAGUGAGUCCAUACAUGUGUGUGUCGAAUUUGGUGAAAAUAUCUCAUUUCAUUUUGGAGUUAUAGACAUUUAUAUGUAUGAGAACAUAAAAAAAUGACCCAUGUGUCAUUUUGAUUUGAUUUUUUUUACCACUUCCUAUCAAAAUUUUGACAUUUGUGCCAGAAUAUUUAGUUAACCAUCUUAGGUUCCGUGUUUCUUACGCUGGUUUGGUCUUGAUCGGACUAACGGUUUUAAAGAUAUUUGCAAUCGUUUUUUAAGCCCUAAAUCACCACACUGCACAAACCAUUAGGCGAGUGUAAAACCUCCACACGGGGGCGCGCGUGCGCGCGCUUUGUUCGUGUUCGUCAACAAAGUCAGUUUCAGUUUCGAAACCUUCAAGGCGUUGGUGAGACACGGAGAACAGAUCAGCUAAUCAGCGAUCAGUGGAGGACAAAGAGAAAACUUUACAGAAGGAUUUUUGAGACAUUUCUUUCUAAACGGACAGCAGAUCUUUGUGAUUCUCAUGGAUAUUCAUUUUUGAAAGCAUCAUUCAGAAAGUGAAAGUAAAGUUUAGAUUGCUGGAGCUCAAACAGUGAAAAUGGCUUCAGCAGCUGAAGAUGAUUAUACUUGUCCUGUAUGUCAUGAAAUCUUCAAGGCUCCUGUUCUUCUGUCAUGUAGUCACAGUAUCUGCAAAGAGUGUCUUCAACAGUUCUGGAGAACCAAGAAAACUCAGAAGUGUCCUGUCUGCAGGAGAAGAUCCUCAAGAGAUGAACCUCCAGUUAAUCUGGCAUUAAAGAACUUGUGUGAGUCAUUCCUGAAGGAGAGAAAUGAGAGGAGUUCAUCAGGAUCUGAGGAGAUCUGCAGUUUACACAGUGAGAAACUCAAACUCUUCUGUCUGGAGGACAAACAGCCUGUGUGUUUAGUGUGCUUUACUUCACAAAAACACGACAAUCAUAAAUUCAGACCCAUCAGUGAAGUUGUUGAAUCAUAUAAGGAGGAGCUCAAUACAGCACUGAAGUCCUUACAGGAGAAACUUCAACACAAUGAAGAAAUGAAAGGGGAGUUUGAGAAAACAGUUCAACACAUCAAGUCUCAAGCUGAGCACACAGAGCGUCAGAUUAAACAGCAGUUUGAGAAGCUUCAUCAGUUUCUCAGAGAUGAAGAAGAAGCUACAAUCACUGCACUGAGGGAGGAAGAGGAGCAGAAGGAGCAGAUGAUGAAGGAGAAGCUGGAGGAGAUGAACAGACACAUCUCAGCUCUUUCACACACAAUCAAAGACAUGGAGGAGAUGAUGAAAGCCAAUGACGUCUGCUUUCUGAAGGAGUUUCCGGUCUCAAUGGAAAGAGUCCAGAGCUCACAGCCGGAUCCACAGAUGACUUCUGGAGCUUUGAUUCAUGUGCCACAUUACUUGUGCAACCUGCCGUUCAGAGCCUGGAAGAAGAUGCAGGACAUCGUCCAAAACAGUGAGUCUGACUGCAGAAGAUCUGAGCUGGAAAUGAUGGAUGGGUGGAGAGUUAAAGCUCCUGUGAUUCUGGAUCCAAACACGGCUCAUCCAUGUCUUGUUCUCUCUGAUGAUCUGACCAGUGUGAGAGACAGCGGGAUCGAUCAACCUCUUCCUGAUAAUCCAGAGAGAUUUGACUAUUAUUAUUGUGUUCUGGGUUCAGAGGGGUUUAACUCAGGAACACACUGCUGGGAUGUGGAGGUUAAAGAGAGUUCAUGGUGGACUCUUGGAGUAACUACAGCAUCAAACCAGAGGAAGGGGUGGGAUUUCUUCAACACUGAUGUCUGGAGUGUGGAGUAUGAUGUGGAAGAAUGUUAUUUUGUCUCUAGUUUUCCUGUUAAACAGAAGCUUGAUAAUGUGAGAGUGUAUCUGGACUAUGAUGGAGGAACGGUAUCAUUCUCUGAUCCUGUAACUAACACACAUGUACACACAUUCACAACCACCUUCACUCACACACUCUUUCCAUUCUUCAGUUGUUUUGAUGGGUCUCUGAGGAUCUUAGCGGUCAAUAGUCAGUAAUCGUUACUCCUGUAGGAAAGAGUUAAUUUGAUUUGAUGCAAAUUCAUAUGCACACUACCAGUAAACUACACAAAAAAUCACAAUCUCAAGCGGUUGAGGAGAAGAUCAUUUUUGAACAGCUGAAAUUCUGUAUUAACCCUCAAAUCGUCUUCAGGGUCUUUUUGACCCAAAUCAAUGACCAACAUAAUAUCUGUACAGCCAUUAUAAUUAAAGAACACAAACUGAACAAGGGCUUUUUUACAGUCGGUUUUUAAAUGAGUUGGAAAUGAACAGCAUCCCUUAGACCCACAGUUUUGAUUUCACACAUAGCAUGUCCUUCUACUUAAGAAAGAAAAUACAGAAACAAAUAAAUUAACAGUCACAAACCAAAAUUCUGAAUAAUCUAUGGAGUGUCAAGAAAUUUCAGUGGCACAAUAAGAACAUAACAUAUCAUGGUAUGGCAAAAAUUUGACCCCCAACAAUUAAAAAAUUAUAAUAUAUAUAUAUACAUAUAUAUACAGUGGGUACGGAAAGUAUUCAG